GUGUGUUGGAUGCGCAGGGUGAUUCCACGGCUUUUCAAAGUCUGUAACAAACUUGCAAAUGUUGACAUGCAGUUUUGUGGAGAAAAAUUUCUUUCGGGAGAAGUUUGGAUUUUACCAAGGUAGCAGUGGUCUGACGUAGCCGUCACGUGAAAUGACCGAGUUUGUGAAGGAUUUGCUAUUUCUCACACUCCUAGCCUUCAUGUCAACAGUUCUUGUGUCUGCCUGGUCCCUUAACAAGAUUCUGCUGACAGGACCCAAGGCUUACCUGACUUUCUCAGAGGGGGUGGCCCGAGGGGCGCGGAAGGGCUUAGAAGAAUGCCACCACCAGUUCCGCUGGGACAGGUGGAACUGUCCCGACACCUCUGUACCUCUCUCCACGGAUACCUUCACCCAAGCAAACAGAGAGACAGCUUUUGUUCAUGCCAUUGUGUCUGCUGGAGUCAUGUUUGUCCUAACUCAGAACUGCAGUCUAGGGGCAUACGACAAAUGCAGCUGUGAUGUCUCCAGGAAUGGCUUAAAAGGGGGUCCUAACUGGACAUGGGGAGGCUGUAGCGACAACAUUCUGUUUGGAGCGCAGGUAAGCAGACAAUUUGUGGACAACUUAGAGACCGGAAAUGACGCACGAGCCGCAAUGAAUCUCCAUAACAACGAAGUAGGCCGACGAGCUGUUCGGAAGACGAUGAAGAUGACUUGCAAAUGUCACGGAGUGUCAGGAAGCUGUACCACAAAGACAUGCUGGCAGCAACUGGCCCAGUUCCGAAAGGUCGGAGACUACUUGAGACGAAAGUACAGCAAGGCAAUACGCGUAGAUUACCAGGAUGGUCGGCUGAAGCUGGGCAAUGAAGCGAGCAGUGGCUCCGUACUUCCUGCUAUCCCUUCUUCAGAUUUGGUGUAUCUGGAUGCCUCCCCGGACUAUUGCAGAGCCAAUCUCACGGCCGGCACCGAGGGAACCGUCGGCAGGGAAUGCGUCCGGCCCAAGAAAAAAGCCAAAGCAUCGAAAUGGGAGAGGAGAAGUUGUAAACGUCUGUGUAAGAGCUGUGGUUUGCGUGUUCGUAAACGUUUGGUGGAGGUGACCACAAGCUGUAACUGCAAAUUUCACUGGUGCUGUGCUGUCAAAUGUGAACAAUGUGUGAGGAAAGUGAACAAAUUUCGUUGCGCGAAAUGA